AUGCAGUACUUGACUCUCUUCUCUUGGGUGUUGGCAUCAGUGGAGAUGGCAACAGUUGCGAAAGGUCAGGCGGUGAUGAGGAAGGAGACUAACAAAUUCACGUGGAAGAUUGACAAAUUCUCGGAGCUGAAACAAGCCACUUAUUCCGACGCUUUCUCAUCUGGCGCCCAACAAUGGAAGGUUUGCGUUUUUCCAAAAGGGAACAAUGUCGUCGACAAGAUGUCUGCAUAUCUCCACCAUGUCGGCAGUCAUCAAAAGAUGGCCGACGGAUGGAGUGUGCUCGCUAAUUUCACCUUGGCUGUUUUCAGCAAGAUUAACCCUGAAGUGGCAGCAUCGUCAGAACCCGUUGCUUAUGCUAAACCGAAAGUGAUCAAGACCAACGAUCAACCUCAAUCAGCUGCAAUCAAAGCAUCGUCCACCACGCCGCUUUCCAAGCAUAACAGCAAGGUUGCGAUCAGCACUCCUGCUAAGAAUCAAACUGGAGCAACCACCACAUCCGUAGUUUCUCCUCCAAGUGUGCAAUCAACCUCGAAGAACCUGAUAGCAAAACUUGCGUCAGUGACUAGCAGUAGCGCUGGCCACGGCAGCUACACAUCAGAUCCAGAUCACGGCACCGAAUUGCUGCCACAGCAAUGGGAGAAACUGGACGGAUUCCUCGACAUGACGCUCGAGGCCAUCUCCCGAGCCAAAUCGCUCGACGAGGUCGAGGACGCGGCCACCAAAAUCGCCGCUCACGCUACCGAUCCGGUGGAGAAGACGGUGCUGCAAGAGGUGCUCGCUCGCCUGGCCGAAUUCAAAGACAUGGUCCCGAGCUCUCUCUCCGCCAUCGAAACUAGCCAUGCCGUCGAAUCAUCCGGUGCUGAAAUAACUCGAGCCGCGGAGGUGAGGCUGGUUCACAGGAAGAAGCAGCUGAGCGCUCUGGAGGCGGAGGUGUCGAGGCUUCAGGAUGAGGACUUGAAGCUGGAGAGUGAGAUUAAGCAACUGGCUGAUCGUAAGGCGAAGAUUGUGGAUCACAUGAAGUCGACUGCAGCGGAACUGGACAGGGCGAAUCGAGAGGCUUCCAAGGAGCUGGAUGAGUUCGAGAAGCAGCAUGACGAGAUCAAGGAGGCGGUUGAGAAUCGGAUGAGAGCCAUGGAGAGGCUGGCGCAAGGCAACGCGAGCUGGAAGCUUUUCAAGAAGAACUUGCGACGCUGA